CGGAGCCGGGCGGUCCGGGCGGGGUUUCAGCGUAGGCGGAGCUUCCUCGAGUUCCGGAGUCGAGUCGCUGCCUGGGCCGCAGCAGGGAUGCAGCCGCCACCCCGAAAAGUGAAGCCAGCCCAGGAGGUGAAGCUUCGCUUCCUGGAGCAGCUGAGCAUCCUCCAGACCCGUCAGCAGAGGGAGGCGGAUCUCCUAGAAGACAUAAGAUCCUACAGCAAGCAGAGGGCUGCCAUUGAACGGGAGUAUGGGCAGGCACUCCAGAAACUGGCUGGGCCAUUCCUGAAGAGGGAAGGGCACCGGAGUGGAGAGAUGGACAGCAGACCUUCUCUGGGGAGAGGCAGGAUGGUGUUUGGUGCCUGGCGCUGUCUGCUGGAUGCCACCGUGGCUGGGGGCCAAGCCCGGCUCCAGGCAUCUGACCGAUACCGUGACCUGGCAGGAGGCACAGGGCGGAGUGCCAAGGAGCAGGUGCUUAGGAAGGGAGCAGAGAACCUCCAGAGGGCACAGGCCGAGGUGCUGCAGUCUGUCCGGGAGCUGAGCCGAAGUCGGAAGCUGUAUGGGCAGCGGGAACGUGUGUGGGCCUUGGCGCAGGAGAAGGCAGCUGAUGUCCAGGCCAGGUUGAACCGAAGUGAUCAUGGACUCUUCCACACUCGCACCAGUCUUCAGAAACUUAGCACCAAGCUGACUACCCAAUCAGCCCAGUACUCCAAGCAGCUGAGAGCAGCCCGCAAUGAGUACCUGCUCAACUUGGUGUCCACCAAUGCUCACCUUGACCACUACUACCAGGAGGAACUGCCAGCCCUGCUCAAGGCCCUGGUCAGUGAGCUUUUGGAACAUUUGAGGGACCCCCUAACCUUAUUGAGCAGGACUGAGCUGGAAGCUGCAGAAAUGGCCCUGGAGCAUGCCCGCCAUGGAGCACAGGCAACUUCCCAGGUAAGCUGGGAGCAGGAUGUGAAGCUCUUUCUGCAAGAGCCUGGGGUAUUUUCUCCCACACCACCUCAGAAGUUUCAGCCAGCAGGGAAUGAUCAGGUAUGUGCCCUGGAGCUGGAGGGGGUUGCAGGAGAUGUGGCUGGGGAGAGUGACCUGGAGAAAGAGGUUCAGCGCUGGACAAAUCGAGCUGCCCGAGACUACAAGAUCCAGAACCACGGGCUUCGGGUCCUGCAACGGCUGGAGCAGAGGCGACAGCAGGCUCCAGAGCGGGAGGCUCCAGGCAUAGAGCAGCGGCUGCAGGAAGUGAGGGAAAACAUCCGGCGGGCACAGGUGAGCCAGGCGAAGGGGGCUGCCCGGCUGGCCCUGCUGCAGGGGGCUGGCCUGGAUGUACAGCACUGGCUGAAGCCAGCAAUGACCCAGGCCCAGGAUGAAGUGGAGCAGGAGCGACGGCUCAGUGAGGCCCGGCUGUCCCAGAGGGACCUCUCUCCCACGGCUGAGGAUGCUGAGCUGUCUGACUUUGAGGAAUGUGAGGAGACAGGGGAGCUCUUUGAGGAGCCUGCUCCCCAAGCCCUGGCCACCAGGCCUCUCCCCUACUCUGCACAUGUGGUGUUUGGCUAUCAGGCAGGGCGUGAGGAUGAGCUGACUAUCACAGAAGGCGAGUGGCUGGAGGUUAUAGAGGAAGGAGAUGCCGACGAAUGGGUCAAGGCUCGGAACCAGCAUGGCGAGGUAGGCUUUGUCCCUGAGCGUUAUCUCAACUUCCCAGACCUCUUCUUCCCUGAGAGCAGCCACGAUAGCAACAAUCCCUCAGAGCCCACAGCAUUCCUGGCCCGUGCCCUGUACAGCUACACGGGACAGAGCGCAGAGGAACUGAGCUUCCCCGAGGGGGCACUCAUCCGCCUGCUGCCCCGGGCCCAGGAUGGAGUAGAUGAUGGCUUCUGGAGGGGAGAAUUUGGGGGCCAUGUUGGGGUCUUUCCUUCCCUGCUGGUGGAGGAGCUUCUUGGCCCCCCAGGGCUACCUGAAUCUUCAGAUCCUGAACAGAUGCUGCCAUCCCCUUCUCCUCCCAGCUUCUCCCCUCCUGCACCCAUCUCUGCCUUGGAUGGGCCCCCCACACCUGUCCUGCCUGGAGACCAAGACCUAGACUGCUCUGGACCCCUGGACAUGAUGGUGCCCCGACUCAGGCCGAUGCGACCGCCACCUCCCCCACCGGCUAAAGCCCCGGAUCCUGGCCACCCAGAUCCCCUCACCUGAAGCCAGGGGGAUCACUGACCCCUAGGAAUGCUGCUGCUGCCCCUUCUCCAUGCUGUCAGAGAUCACCCCUCAGUGAUCUGGAGUGACAUAGCCAAAAGCUGGACUCUCUCCACUUUCCAUUCUCCCCACUUCCAGGGCUGGAACCCACUCUUCUUUUCCUCCAUCAUUAGACCUCCUGCUAUCUCUAUGGCUGGAACUACUCCUGUCUCUUCUGCCACUACCCCAUCUCCAGGGUGGUGAAAUACCCUGAAAUCUCUGGGGCUGGGCCCCAUCCCCCAAAGUCUUAAGUGGCUCUGGCCCAUCUAUAUCUCCACUCUGGCUCUGUGACCCAUCCCACUCCAGGUGCCAGGACCAUGGAUGCUGGGGGCCAGAACAGGGGCAGACCUGUCAGAAGGAGUUGGAGCCAGUAUGCGAAGCAACUGUAAUGGUCUGAGCGGAUUUAUUGACAGUGAAUAAAGGGCACGAAGCCCAAGCCAAGGCCUGGGCCUCUUGUGCCAAGAGGGCAAGGGGCCUAAGGUGCUAUUGCUUUAGGGGCCCACCAAGGGCAGGGGCCUGGUCUCAGCUGCCACGCUCUACCAUAUGGAGCCAGGUGAUGGGGAAGGCGGGUCAGGUGACCUGUUGGCAGGCAGGGGAAGGGGAAAAGAUUAAGGGCCAGGGGUCAGGGAUAGGCUUCUCCCAAGAUAGCCUAGCCUGAGACCAUGCAACUCCAGGUAGAAGUAGGACUGGUCUUUCAGCUGGGGCACAGUACUGUCCAGUGGAGGAGAAGGGCUUAAUGCCUACCCACCCCCUGGCCUUGCCAGCCAAUAGUCCUUCAGCGCAAUGAAGAAAGAGGCUUGGAAGGGAGGAAAGGUAACAAUGUCACCUCCUAUUCAAGCUGUGUUCUAGCCGUUUUCCCUGGGGGCUGUAGGACCUUCCCUAUCCCCUGGAGCACAUGCUCACUCCCUACCACCACACCAAGGAAUCUGUAGCAAAGGCUAAGCCUUCACUUUACCCUGUGGGUAUAGGGAGCGUAAGGGCUUAGGUAGUAUAAAUAGGGGGUGGGAGGAUGAGAUUACUUGACUUGGAGCCCAGGCAGACUCACCUCACACACCCCUUGCUUCCCGUGCUGGAGACACCUGAGAGAGAGGAGUCAACAAUGGGAGAACAGGAUGUAGGUCAUAUCAGUGCACCCCCAUCCCCAGAGUAGGGUGCAAUAAGAGCACAGCCCACCGCAGCCCACUGCAGCCCUGGCCAUGACUUCAUACCUGGUGAUCUGAGGUGUCUAGUUUGCUUGGCUGUCCUUUUGCCUCUUGACUGGACAGCCUUGGGCUUGGGACCCUCACUCCAGCCCCCAAGGUCAGCUCUGCAGAGGCUCCAGGAUUUCCCCCAAGUGCACAAGGGACUAGGCUGCUGUCCCUGAGUCUUCCAUUCUGCACUGAGGGGCUGGCGAGGGCCUGGGACUGUGGCCUCUCAGGGGGCAGGCUCUCAGUGGGCAGCAUCCCUGCCCUAGGCUGUCCUCCCCCAGACCCCUGACUGCCCCCCGGGUCCUGCCCACCACCAGACCCCCAGCUCCUGUCUGUGGGAGAGCCGUCACGAUGCUCAUGCAUCCCAUAGCGCUUCUCAAUGUGUGUCACCCGGAACCUGGGAGGGAAGAGAACACUGGGGCUUAGGACCACAACUCAGAGGCUGCUUGGCCCUUCCCUCCAACCGGGGACAUUCUGGGUUUGAUGGCCACUUCCCUCUGGGCUAGGGCAGGGGACACCUCAGAUUGUGGGGCACAUUGUGUAACCUGACUCGUACUGUAGAUCACAGUCCAGGAGAAAGGAGCUGGGGUCCACCUCUGGAGCCAGGUGCCUGAUCAUUGGGUCUCCCACCUCAGCCUCCCUUGCCCUGGGGCACUCUGUGCUUACCUGCCCACAGAGAACACGGUUGUCUCUCCAGGCCGUGGGCGGCUCUUUCCUUCCUUAGAGCGUCCUUGACGGACAAGUGGGGGCCUCUUAUUGCGGCUGCAGUGGAUGCAAGGGGCUGCAGAGCCCAGGUGCACUGUGUGAUGAUGGGAGGGGGUUCCAUCCUGUAGGCUGGAGGUGGCAUCCACACUGGACAGUAGCGAGGAAAGGAGCAGGGGUGACAUUCCCAUUCGUUGCUGUACUUUCAGUGUGCUCCUUAAACCUCCAGAUGCCCACAAUCCCCAGGUCUCAAUAUUCUUGUCUUGUCUUUUUCUAAUAAACUCAAUAUUAAGAUGGUA